CUGACGCGCCAUUUGAGUACCAUCGUGGAGACAAGGGAUGAGCACUUGGAAGAAUUCAGUAACAUUGACAGUACUGCUAUGAUCGGAAAGGGAGAAGAUAUGAGGCGGAGGUUUAACAGAAGGGUCCAUUCAUGCAGUGAUAUUGGCUACGCGAGGAAUUUUAAUGAGAGAAAAACAGAGACCGUAACGCUUCCACAGUUACCCAACAGAACAACACUAUCAAAAACUCAGAGACAUGGAAAAAAACCGAGGGAUGAGAUAAGUUCUUCAUUUAGUGUCGAUAACACUUUUCCUGAUUUUCGCCCACCCGAUAGCAAUUUCAACACCAUAGACUUUGACGCUAAGAUUGGAAAACGCUGGACGCGAACUAAUGCGAUCGCCGAAGGCGAUUUUUCCCACAACAAGGAAAACAUUGUCGCAUCCUGGCUUCAGUUCUUUGGAUGA